AUGACACGAAACGGUACAGUUGCUGCAGUUAUACUACUCGUUUUGGUUGUUGCUGAAAUCAAUGGCAUAACGGCCAAGUCUUUAUUCGAACCACAUGUCAACGAUGCAGAUAAAUAUGAAAAUAUUAAAAAGGUUCGUCUGACUAGAGCUAUCAGGAUUGUUGAUAAAUGUCUAGCUGCAUGUAGAGGAGGUGUAGUAGCUAUGUAUGCAUUCUGUCGAUCGGUGAACAAUAAUACUGUACGUCGAUUUUGCUGGGCCGUUUCUCUUCAUGCAGGCAAACAAUCAACUGCAUUUGACUUUGAGAAACACAUUGACGUUGAUAUUGAAAGUUUUGGUAUUACAUAUUCAACAAUUACAACUAAUGGAGUAUCAAGUUGUCAUUUUAUUUUGAUCGAUGGAGAGUUUGAAGGACAGCAAUUUUCGUAUCUUUCUCACUCUUCGAUUGAAUGUGAAGAAGAAUCGGGUGAUAUUGAUACAACAUUAGCUGAAGACAUAGACCAAAUUGUCGAAAAUUUUGAAGAACAUAAUGAGUCAAAUGAAGGAAGCCAAAUUUUAAUAGAUAAAAUUAAAAUUAAUAAAAUAUUAGUUGGCGAAGGUGUUGAUGAUAACAUAAAUUUAAUUCCAAAAUCGUUGUUGCUCUUGAAUGACAUGGAAUUUAAUACUGCAAAAAAAUGA